UGGCGUUUUUCACUUUGGGAAACCGAACCCGCGCACUUCGCGGCUUCCCUGUUUUCCCGCGCGUUGCCCCCGGCCCGGGGCGCGCCCGCCAGCCCGCCCCUCUUCGCGCCGCGCCCUCUCGGCCCGGGAGCCGCCCUCCCCGCGGGGGCGGCCGGGCGAUAACACCGAGGGCGACGGCCGCAGUGCGCGUGCAGCCGUGCGCCAUGGCAGUGUCCCCCGAAGGGACCCCGGCCCCGCCAGUUGAGACGCCGCCGCCGCCGCCCCCGCCGGAAGCGCACAGCUUGGAGCCCGGUUCGGUGAGCGCAAAGCGAGGGGCGCGAGGGGACAGCGGAGCUGGUCGCCUCUCAUUCUGUACGAAGGUGUGCUACGGCAUUGGAGGGGUCCCCAACCAGGUGGCCUCCAGCGCCAUAGCCUUUUACCUGCAACUUUUCCUGCUCGAUGUGGCACAGAUCCCUGCUGCCCAGGUGUCACUUGUCCUGUUUGGAGGGAAGGUGUCUGGGGCAGCUGCCGACCCUUUGGCUGGGUUCUUCAUCAACAGAAGCAGGAGGACAGGGUCUGGACGACUCAUGCCCUGGGUGCUGGGCUGCACGCCGUUCAUUGCCUUGGCCUCCUUCUUCCUGUGGUUCCUGCCCCCCUUCACCAGCCUGCGAGGCCUCUGGUACACAGCCCUCUACUGCCUGUUCCAGGCCCUGGCCACGUUCUUCCAGGUGCCCUACACGGCACUGACCAUGCUCUUGACCCCCAGCCCCAGGGAGCGGGACUCGGCCACCGUGUAUCGGAUGACCUUGGAGAUGGCGGGGACGCUGAUGGGAGCCACUGUCCAUGGACUCAUCGUGUCUGGCGCCCACGGGUCCCACAGGUGCAAGGAGACUGCGCUCCCAGGACAAGUGGCCGUCUCCCCCAACGCGACUCGUCUCUACUGCAUUGCAGCCACUGUGGUUGCUGUGACUUACCCCGUGUGCAGUAGUUUGCUCUGCCUGGGGGUGAAGGAGCGACCAGAUGCUUCUGCCCGAGCCUCCGGCCAGGGCCUGAGCUUCCUGGCAGGGCUGCGCCUCACAGUCCGGCACCCGCCCUACCUGAAGCUGGUCAUCUCCUUCCUGUUCAUCUCGGCAGCCGUUCAGGUGGAGCAGAGCUACCUGGUCCUGUUCUGUACACACGCCUCCCGGCUACAUGACCAUGUGCAGAGCCUGGUGCUAACCAUCCUGGUCUCGGCAGUGCUGAGCACCCCGAUGUGGGAGUGGGUUCUGCAGCGAUUUGGGAAGAGGAUGUCAGCCUUCGGGAUCUUUGGGAUGGUGCCAUUUGCAAUCCUGCUGGCUGCUGUGCCCACAGCACCCGUGGCAUACGUCGUGGCCUUUGUAUCUGGCGUGAGCAUUGCUGUGUCCUUGCUGCUACCCUGGUCCAUGCUUCCAGAUGUGGUGGAUGAAUUCCAGCUGCAGCACCAGCACGGCCCAGGGCUGGAGACCAUCUUCUACUCGUCCUAUGUCUUCUUCACCAAGCUUUCAGGUGCAGGCGCCCUGGGCAUCUCCACUCUCAGCCUGGACUUUGCGGGGUAUGAGUCAGGAGCCUGCAAGCAGGCGGAGCAGGUAGUGGUGACCCUCAAAGUCCUCAUCGGUGCCAUGCCCACCUGCAUGAUCCUCAUCGGUCUGUGCAUCCUCAUGGUCGGCCCCACUCCAAAGGUGCCAAGUCGGAACAGCUCCCGCUCCCUUGGGAGGAGGACCAGCUACAGCCUCGCUUGAAUUUGAGACUCCUGUGAGCUGGAACAGCAGGAGCAGCGUCUUCUGGGCUCCAAGUCCCCCUUUCUUCUCAGCCCUUCGGCACCCCUGCUUCACAGUUUACACAUGACCCGUCUUUUCCCCUGGGAUAUGGCAUCUUCAGUGACUCUCCUGAAGAGAGUGGCCUGGGCUCCAGGAACCCCGCCUGUCAUGUCUUGCCUGUUGACUGCAGGACAUCUCAGAUAGGCCUGUGCCCCUGACUACCCAGCUCCAGGCAACCUGUGACCUGGAAAGCACACCA